AUGCAGCCGAGGGUCGUCAAGCCGCCGGGCCAGGACUUGGCCGUGGAGCGUCUCAAAAGCCGCUACGGGCUGGGGGGCUGCCGCCCGGCGGAGUAUUCUGUUUCAAGUUUUGAUCAGGCAAAAUGUAAGAGAAGGUAUCUAACCUCCCCAGAUGACUUGGAUGUCUGCUCAUCUGGAGAUAAAAUUGAUUCCUCAUUAAGAUCGUAUUCUGAUGAAAGAAAGCAUUCCACUAUACCUCUUUAUAGUUCAUCCAAGCACUUCAACAUGAACUGCCUAGAUGAUGAACUGGAUUCUUUUCAUAAUUUGAAGCAACAGGAAAAAGAAGUAGAGUUAAUUGAGAAGGAUCAUAGAGUGAAUAGCUCCAAAGUAACCAAGCAGUCUUUUAAAGAAGUAGAAAAAGUAGCCUGGCCAACUAAUUUGGCCUCAAAUUCAAGAAAUUGGACUGAAUGUUGUAGUGAUGCAAGUGACUCUCCUUUGAAACGUGUGAGUGAUCCAACAUCUAAAGCAUCAAAUAAGCAGAGUUUCCUUCCACAUCAGAUCAAUCAGAUAUAUGAUGAAUUAUUCCAAAUACAUCAGAAACUGCAGUGUGAAACUGCAGCACAACAGGAAUUUGCUGAAGAACUUCAGAAGCGAGAACAUUUUUUAGUUGAAAGAGAACAACUAUUGUUCAGACAUGAAACUGCCUUGAGCAAAAUGAAAGGUGUGGAAGAAGAAGUUCUUAUAAGAUUUCAGGUUAUGAAGGAGCAACAUGAUGCAGAAGUUACACACUUAACUGAAAUCCUCAAGGAUAAAAACAAAGAAAACAAGAGGCUAAGGUCUUCUUUUGAUGCCUUGAAAGAAUUGAAUGAUAAUUUAAAAAAGCAGUUAAAUGAAGUAAGUGAAGAAAACAAGAAGAUGGAGAUUCAGGCUAAAAGAGUUCAAGCUCGUUUAGAUAAUUUACAGAGGAAGUAUGAAUUUAUGACAAUACAGAGACUGAAAGGAAAUUCCUAUGCUGUUCAUGAAAUGAAAAGUUUAAGACAAGAAAAAGUACCAGCUUCAAAAACAUAUAAGGUACCACUUAAUGCACAAGUUUUUGAACUUUUAACAGUCUUCAUGGAUUGGAUUUCGGAUUAUCACCUUAGCAAAUUGAAAAGUGAAGAAUCUGGGAUGGAUGGUGAAAAGCUGCUAUUUAAAUUUGCUACUCAGAGAAAUGAUAUUCAGGAGAAGUGUAUAAAGCUUUUGCCCCUGAUGACAGAGCAACUACAGUGGAUGCCAUUUGUGAAUGCCAAACUUCAUGAGCCUUUUGUAAAAUUUAUAUAUUGGUCUCUACGGCAACUAGAAGCUGGAACACUGCAUUCAACUAUGACUUCAACAUUGAGGAGAUUGGGUGAAGACAUAUUUAAAGGAGUAGUAAAUAAGGGAAUUCAGGAUAAUUCUUUGGAACAUUCUGUGGAUAAUAAACCAAAGACAGCUGCUUUCUUUAGGAGUUCCAAUUUGCCAUUGAGAUUUUUGUCAACUUUAAUUGUUCUCAAAACAGUCACUCAAGCUGACUACCUGGCUCAGGCAUUCGAUUCUCUUUGUUUGGACUUGAAGACCGAUGAAGGAAAAAUCUUAUUUUUGGAGUAUCAAGCUGUUCCAGUAAUAUUAAAUCACUUAAGAAUAUCCAGUAAAGGGCUCUUAUCCAAUGUCAUUGAUAGUUUGCUUCAGAUGACAGUGGAAUCCAAAUCCUUGCAGCCUUUCCUGGAAGCCUGUAGCAACACUCUGUUUUUUCGUACUUGCUCUGUGCUGCUUCGAACCCCUAAGCUUGAUCUUCAAAUACUAGAAAAGCUCAGUAUUAUUCUACAGAAACUUUCUAAAAUCAAGAGUAAUAAGAAGUUCUUUGAACUUUUUACAAUUCAUCUGAUGCUUCAGGAAUUACAAAGGACAACACAUCCAGAGCAUGCCUUUCUCUGUAUUAACCUAAAUUCAACUCUGUUCAAUUUGGGUUUAACGAAAUGCAACACCCUGGCCUCCAAUGCAAGCCAUUAG